AAUAAUUUUAUAUUUCCACCUCGAAAAAGAGCUUCAUGCUCCUGAAAGCAUGGUGUUUUUAGCUUUUAAUUUCUCCCUUUGGCUACAAGAAACAUCAUGUAUUUGUUUUCCCAAUGAACGCAAAUACUUUCUCUCUCUCUUUCUUUAGACCAGUAGUUAGUACCUAGACAUUUUUCUUGUUGAUUAACGCUCGUGUUGACGGAUCCUUAGAGAACCCAGAGAAGGAAUUUUCUGAUUCAUCGCUGUUCUUGAACGGGGAACGGCUUCUUAGCUUCGUGUCAGAUUCUCGGAUUGGGUUGCAGAGAUGGUGAGAGCUGCAUGAUCGUGUUGGGUGGCAGAGGGAAUUCAUGGCGAAUUUUUUGGUGGGCUUUGUUUUGCCUUUGCUGCUAUUAGCAGCUGCGUCGAUCAAUUGGAGUUUGAUCUCAUUUGUUGAUUUGAUUGCUUUCCUCAUUAUACAAUAUACUGCACCAAAAAUAGGAUUUCGUUUCCGGAGGAGGUUUUCAUUAUUGUGGCUGGUUAUUAUCUUUUCUUUAGUUGUUAUUCUUGCUCAAGUAGUAUACCUUGUUAUAUGGGCUGUUGUGGGUUAUAAAUGGAGUACAGGAAGUGUAUGGUGCGCUGAGAUAAUUGGAUUUAUGAUACUCCAGUCUUGGAAGUCCCCUACAGUCAUAUACUUUUUGGUUUUACAACUAUUAGCAAUUGCAGUUGCCUUAGCUGAUAUAUACGGGAACAGACUUGGUCUGGUUCCAUGGCGUGAUUCAUGUUGGGGUCAUUUCUCAGCAGUAGUUGAACAUUUAGGUUUGUAAGUACUUCAGAAUUUUCCCUUAUUAUUAUCUAUUUAGUUAUUCUUUUGCUUGAUUCCAGUCUAGUUUGCAAAUUUCUAAUUUGCAAGGGGCGGGUGAAAACUUUUGUUUUCCUUUUCAUUUGAGGUUUUUCUUUUAAUAUACUUGUAAGCAUUAAAAUUUUUCUCUGCUGGCAGGUUUAUUGACUAACAAAUUUUUUUUUUUGAGAUGACAUUUUUCAUUGUACUGAAGCAAGAAAGGUGUUUAUUCU